GCUUGCUAUAUAACCACUACCAUCACUGAUGCUUCGAAAUAAACAUUUUCUGAGCUAUAGUAGCAGGGAGAACCAUCAAUCUAAUUAAGAUCCAGUCAACUUCUUCAGAAAUAUUAAGUGAGACUUAAGUGGGACCGCCACAAUGAGCAAAGACACCGAGGUAGACCUGAAAGAUGUGGAGCUCAACGAGAUGGAUCAGGAGAAGCAGCCGAUGACUGCCAACGAGACGGGAAAUGGAGAAGCCGUCUCCCCCACAGGGACGGAGAAAAAUGGCAGCGUGAAAGUGAAAAUCCCAGAUGAAAAGGAGAGUAAAUUUACUGGCCUGUCCAAAGAGGAGCUUCUCAGGGUAGCUGGCACCCCAGGUUGGGUCAGGACCCGCUGGGCCCUCCUGAUCCUCUUCUGGCUGGGCUGGCUGGGGAUGCUUGCCGGAGCGGUGGCCAUCAUCGUGCAGGCACCUCGCUGCAAAGACCUCCCUGAGAUGAACUGGUGGAACUACGGACCUCUGUACCAAAUUGGGGACGUGAAGGCUUUCUCAGACUCUCAAAAUCUCAAAGGUGUGGAGGAGAAGAUCGACAGUCUGGGCCAGCUGAAGGUGAAGGCCCUGGUGGUGGGACCCAUCCACGUUGCCCCAGCCGACGACCCCAAGAAACUGGAUUUCAAGGAGGUAUCAUCAGAAGCUGGAUCCCUGGAGCAGUUCAAGGGUCUCAUACAGGCAGCGCACAAGAAGAGCAUUAAUGUGAUCCUGGAUCUGACUCCAAACUACCAGGGCAGUGAGCCGUGGUUCUCUAACGUCAGUGUCACAGAGGUUGCCGAGAAACUCAAGGCUGAUCUGAUGUUCUGGCGGAGCCAGGGCGUAGACGGGGUCCAGCUGUCUGGGGUGGAACGUGUGGCUUCCGUGGUUCCUUCUCUCUGGGCUGACAUCCGAGCUAUUGUCCAGAACAACGGAACGGAUGUGGAGAAGAAGAGGAUUCUGAUUGGAGUUACGGACAAAUCCUCUCCCAUGGAGGUCAGCGUCCUCCAGAACUCCACUGGGGUGGAUCUGCUCAUGUCUGGAGUCCUACGGUCUGCUAGGAUGACAGGGAUGGACUGGGCCCAGGUGGUUCAGUAUCUGUAUGACACCUCAAAGCAGACCCAGCUGGCCUGGGGAAUCGGGGACAGGACCCAGGGCCACUUGGCCUCUCUGGUGGGGUCCACCAAGGUCAACCUCCAUCAGCUGCUCAUGUUCACCCUGCCUGGGACCCCUGUCUUCAACUAUGGAGAUGAGAUAGGCCUGGAGGACGAGGCGACUUCCAAGGUUCCUAAGAUGCUGUGGGACCCUCAGGAGGAACCUGAAGAGCUGAACGGCACUCUCAAGGAGGAGAGGGCCCAGAGGCUGUCGAACCGCAACUUCUUCAAGACCCUGAGUGACCUGCGUGGGAAGGAGCGAUCCCUUCAGCACGGUGACUACAUCCCCCUCUUCAACUCCACCUCCACCCUGGCCUACCUCCGUGUGUGGGACCAGAGCGUACGAUACGUGGCAGCCGUCAACUGGGGGGGAGAGGCCGUGACCCUUGACCUGACCCACCCUGAGCUGCCAAAAGAGGCCAUGGUCCGGGUGAGCACUGACUCUGCUCUGGUCCCAGACAGCUCAGUUGACCUCUCUGCACUGGUGGUUGGCCCAGGGCAGGCUGUCCUGCUCCACUUCCCCUAUCUGGGUUAGAAGGCUAGAAGAGGUGUCAUUUGUGUCUAAUGGUGUUUUAGUUUUCUGUUUUUAGGGCAUUCUGUUACAUUUUAAAUGUCAAGUGAUGCACUGUAUUGAUCGUACACUGGCGCUGGUUUUUUUGUUUUUUCAGCACGUGCAUUUUUAGUUACUUGAACACAGAUGUGAAAUGUGCUGUUACUGAAAUUACAUUCCAUGUUAGCUGGGGAGGGAAGCUUUUUAAAAGUUUUGACUUUUUAUAUUCUUUAGAAGAUGUUUUAAAGCUGUUACAGUGUCUUGUGGUAAAACUCUCCUUUCUGAUGUUACAAAAAAAAGACUGCUCCUUGUGACUAAAAUAUGUACAUCAGACAACAAUAGCCACAAAAAAAGGCUACUGUUAUUCCCUCUAGAAGCAUGACAAAAAAAUAAGGGGAAUUAAAACUAAAUUCACUUUAAA